AUGAGUAAAAGGCAGGGAGCAGAGUCUAGCCAGGAUGAGGUCGGAGUGUCGGCCCUCUUGACUAUCCAACUGGAUGAAGAGCUGGGCGGGGGGGCUGUUCAGGUGCGUGUGGUUCAGGGCAAAGAGCCCGCCCACCUCAUGAGCCUGUUUGGGGGCAAACCAAUGGUGGUGUACAAGGGUGGGACUUCCAGAGGGGGCGUACAAUCAGAGGUGGCAGAUACCCGUCUGUUCCAGGUUCGAGCCAAUCAAGCAGGAGACUCGAGGGCUGUGGAGGUGGAGCCGUCCUCCUCCAGUCUGAACUCCAGUGAUGUCUUCCUGCUGGUUUCCUCCUCUACAUCCUGGAUGUGGAGAGGGGGGAGCAGCAGCUCAGCUGAAGCAAAGGGAGCUGUGCACCUUGCUAGGUUACUGCAGGUGACCCCCACCUCGCUGGCGGAGGGGGAGGUAGAAGAUGCAUUCUGGGAUGGUUUGGGGGGUCAGGAGGACUGUCGAAUCCCCCGGCUGAAGAACAAUAUGGAUGCUCAUCCUCCUCGUCUGUUCGCCUGCUCCAACAAGACUGGAACCUUCCUGGUGGUUGCUAGGUUUUUGAUGGAGGAGGUUCCAGGUGAGUUGAUGCAGGAUGACCUCGCUCCUGAUGAUGUCAUGAUCUUGGAUACCUGGGACCAGGUUUUUGUUUGGAUCGGAAACGAGGCUCGAGAGGAGGAGAAGAUGGAAGCAGCGACGUCAGCUGUCAGGUACCUGGAGAGUGACCCUGCCAACAGAGACCCUCGGAUCCCGAUCGUGACUGUGAAACUGGGAUUUGAACCACCAACCUUUACUGGCUGGUUCCUGGGAUGGAACAAUGAGUACUGGACCGAGUGA